AGAGACACCAUCGCUCUGAUCCAUACAUGUUACUGAUAAAUGAAGAGGACACGAAAAUAGCCUGUAUUGAAAUAAUACUUUGAAUAUUACUCUUCAGUUUGUUGGCGGGAUCUGAGAACCCAUUAUACGGAAUAUUUGUAUUGGAUUUCUUCGCUGUUGGCUAUGGCAUUGGAAGGAUUCCUUCAGCCUAAAUGUAUAAAAUGGCGUUUGUGUUGUGGACUGCGGUGGCAAGUACUUAUUUUCCUCCUGUAUUUCAGUCAUAUUGUCAGUGGCCAAAUCCGCUAUUCCAUUCCGGAGGAGAUGAAGAAAGGUUCUCUUAUCGGUAAAGUAGCUCAAGACCUGGGGUUAGAUUUGAAAAGGCUCAGAGCGGGUCGGGCCCGUAUCGUGACCGGAGAAAGCAUUCAGUACACAGAGCUGAAGACAGACAAAGGGAUUCUAGUCGUGAGUGAGAGAAUAGACCGAGAGCAGCUUUGUGGCGAUGUCACACCGUGUAGCUUCAACUUCGAAAUGAUUCUAGAAAAUCCAAUGGAGCUUCAUCGCGUGACUGUAGAAGUAUUGGAUGUAAAUGACCAUGCUCCUUAUUUUCCAAUACAAGAUAUACAAUUUGAAAUCAGUGAAUCGGCUAAUGUUGGUGCGCGAUUUCUGCUAGAGAGUGCAGUGGAUCCCGAUGUAGGCCUCAACGGCCUUCAGAAUUAUAUUUUAACCCCAAAUUAUAAUUUCAUUCUGAAACAACAUGCGAAUCCGGACGGUAGUAAAUAUGCUGAGAUGGUCCUCCAGAAAUCGUUAGACAGGGAGGAGCACCCUCGUCUCUCAGUAAAGCUCUUGGCUGUAGAUGGUGGAACCCCGCAGAGAUCUGGCACAGUAAAUAUAGAGAUCACUGUCUUAGAUGUCAAUGACAAUGCACCUGUGUUUAACCAGUCACUUUACAGGGCUACUGUGUUGGAGGACGCUCCAAAGGGCACUUAUAUCACAACCGUAAAUGCCAGCGAUGCAGACAGUGGAUCAAAUGGACAAAUAUCGUACUAUUUGUCGAAAUUGAAAGGGAAUACAGUUGACAUAUUUAACAUUGAUAUGGCGACUGGGACCAUUUCUGUUUCCGGUCAGAUAGAUUAUGAGAAAGAUAAUAAAUAUGAAAUCAGGGUAGAGGCAAAGGAUCAGGGUGGUUUAACAGACUCCAGUAAAGUUGUUAUUGAGGUUCUAGACGUGAAUGACAACGCACCAGUUAUAAACGUCAUGUCCUUCUCCAGCCUUGUGUCUGAAGAUGCUCCUCCUGGCACCACUAUUGCUAUUAUAAAUGUUAAAGAUGCUGAUUCAGAGAGAAACGGACAGAUGACAUGCUCUAUAAAUACUAACCUUCCGUUUAAAAUUCAGUCGUCAUUAAGUAGUUAUUAUAAUUUGAUCUCAGACAUAGCUUUAGACAGAGAAACGACACCGGAAUACAACAUCACCAUAACAGCGACAGAUUCUGGUUCGCCUCCACUCUCCAGCACCAGGACAUUACACCUUAGAAUCUCUGACGUAAAUGACAAUGCUCCAUUGUUUCAUCAGGGCUCAUACUCGACUUACGUCACAGAGAAUAACUCUCCUGGAAUGUCCAUAUUUACUGUCAGCGCGCGGGACUCUGACUGGAAUCAGAACGCUAGAAUCUCGUACCUCUUGGAGGACACGCAGAUCAGUGGAACUCCAGUCUCUACUUAUAUAUCUAUUAACUCUGAAACUGGAGUUUUACAUGCAGUUCGUUCCUUUGAUUAUGAACAAAUCAAACAGCUUACAGUGGUUGUUAAAGCGCAGGAUGGAGGCUCUCCUCCUCUCAGUAGCAAUGUGACUGUGAAAAUAAUGAUCCAGGACCAGAAUGACAACUCGCCUCAGGUUCUGUAUCCAGUCCAGACUAGCAGCUCUCUGGUGGCUGAAAUGGUGCCUCGUUCAGCAGAUGUGGGCUACCUUGUUACUAAAGUGGUGGCUGUUGAUGUGGACUCUGGACAGAAUGCCUGGCUCUCGUAUAAACUGCAGAAAGCGACAGACAGGGCGCUGUUUGAAGUGGGCUUACAGAAUGGAGAAAUAAGAACUGUACGCCAAGUCACUGAUAAAGAUGUUGUGAAGCAAAGGCUCACUGUUGUAGUGGAGGAUAACGGGCAGCCCUCUCGUUCAGCUACAGUCAAUGUUAACGUGGCGGUGGCGGACAGCUUCCCUGAAGUGCUCUCGGAGUUCACUGACUUUACGCACGACAAGGACUACAAUGACAACCUGACUUUUUACUUAGUAUUGGCUUUGGCUGUAGUGUCAUUUCUGUUCAUCACAUGUUUAGUGGUUAUUAUAUCAGUGAAAAUAUACAGAUGGAGACAGUCUCGCGUCCUCUAUCAUUCCAAUCUCCCGGUUAUUCCGUAUUAUCCACCGCGUUACGCAGACACCUUGGGGACAGGAACUCUACAGCACGUGUACAAUUACGAGGUGUGCAGGACGACUGACUCCAGAAAGAGUGACUGUAAGUUCGUCAGACCCUGUAGUCAGAACGUACUGAUAAUGGACCCCAGUUCUACAGGGACGAUGCGGCGGAUGCAGAGUGAAAAUAACAUCCUGGAUGAAACAGACUCUCCAAUAGAGGUUACGUAA